AUGUCUCCUAGGGCCAGUAACGAGCCUGAACGGGUCUCUUUCUCUCAAUCCAGACAUGCCUCCAUGGCUCAAGGACUCACAAAUAUGGCCUCCAGAUCUAUCCAGGAUGAUGACUUGUCAAGCCAAGACACUUCGCUUUUGUGCUCCAUUCCCACAGCCCAUGGAAACCCCCAGGACAUGAAAGAAUGGAAUAUGAAUACUACAGAAUCUCUCGAUCAGGCCAUGUCUUCCAAGGAAUCUCCUCAGGUGCAAAUGCUUUCUUUCUCGCUGUCUCAGCACUUGAUGACUCCUACUGUUGGACCAAAUGAUGUGAUGUACACAGGAGUGGACUUCCCAGCAGUCCAAGACUUGCAUGAUCAGCGAGACUUUUACUCUUUCGUGGACCUAUCUUCCGUGGAUAAUGAUGUUUGCGGGCAAGCGAGCUCUCCAGAUGAUGCUCUUUCUGUCGCGCAUAGUUCUCACACCGAUGAUGGUCACUACAUUGUCUCUCACGAGCCGUGGAAUGCUAUGAUGCCUGAUGGCCAAUAUCCUGGCACCACCCUGGACCAACUCUCGUCAAGCCUCUUCCAGACCGUCCCAGUCUCGCCUCCUCUGACGGAGGCUAGCAACGACAUCUCUGUUACUUCUUCUUGUUCCCAUCCUGGGUUUCCUUCAUACAUGGCCGCUGAUGACACAUUCCUCGGAGACUUCACAAACUCGCCCAUGGGCAGCCACGGCAUUAACCCAGCAGAUCCUAUGUUCCCUAGUGCUCCUCUGAGUGACAAGGACCCCAACAGGACCAUUAGGCCUACCAAGCAGUCUCGUCGUGGACCUCUAGAGCCACACCGCCAGAAGUCCAAGGAUGGUGCGGAGUCUCGCAACCCGCGAGAGCACCAAUACUAUUCCAUGCCUACCCAGAGUGAUGGAAAGUACUACUGCCCGUUUGCCGUUGGAGACAAGGCCUGUAACCAUCAGCCCACCACUCAAAAAUGCGCUUAUCACAAGUACCUGGAUUCUCACCUGAAGCCCUACCGCUGCAAGGUCCCCACUUGCCUGGAAGCCCAAUUGCGUUUCUCCUCAAACGCAUGCCUGUUCCGUCACGAGCGUGAAGCCCACGGACUGCAUGGCCAUGGAGACAACCCUCACCUGUGCCUGUGGGAGGGAUGUGAUCGUUCCAUUCCCGGAUUCGGAUUCCCGCCUCACCAGAGUCCUCGCCCAUUGGGACUCCGGCCAAAGAAGAAGGAGACCAGCCGCAAGAGAAAGGUCACUGGUCCCACUCCGGCGCCAAUCAUGAAGCGCACCCGCUCCGUGCACUCUCAAUCGAACUCGGCCAAGGCUACUAGUGCGCAGCACGGCCAGCGGCUGCAAAAUGCGGAGCGCAACUACUACAAGUGCCGUGAGCGUCUUGUUGAGGAGCUUCGCAACAUCUCCCCGCAGGAUACUUCCAUGCAUGAGAAGGUCAAUGCCAGCCUUCAGGAGCUGUUCACCCUAGGCCUAAACUACCGCCACAUCGAUGCCAGCCAGGCUGUUUCCCAGAUGCCCAAUGGUAUGCCCGUGUGA